AUGACUAUUAAGUUGUUGGUGGGUGAGGGUACUUUAAAUGUCUUUAGCGCUUACGCACCGCAAGCAGGCUUGGAUGAGGAUAUUAAGAGGCUCUUUUGGGAGAGGUUGGAUGAGAUUGUUCGUAGUAUACCGCCUUCUGAGAGGUUAUUCAUAGGAGGAGAUUUCAUUGGUCAUAUUGGGUCAUCUGCAGGUGGGUACACUGAUGUGCAUGGCGGCUUUGGUUUCGGGGAGCGGAACGGAGGGGGCAUUUCGCUGUUGGACUUGGCCAAGGCUUUCGAUCUAGUCAUUGAGAACUCGAGUUUUACGAAGCGGGAUGAACAUUUGGUUACUUACCAAAGUUCGGUGGCGAAGACUNAAAAUGUGGGGCUGGGGUCAGGGAGUGGGUUGGGUAGCAGGGGAG